CAUCGCUAAGUCUUGGCGUGUGGUGGAUUGUGCGACUCGAGCUUAAAAUGUUCACUGCGACGGCUUCUCAGUUGAGUCUUGGUCAAAGCCAGCUGCUUCACUGCCGCUCAUAUUCUCAAGCAAUAUGAUGCACAAUUUCGGUCUGGGAACAUGGUUUUGCCUGCUGUUUCUGUCGCCACUGUUGGGCAUCCGUUUAAAGCCCUGCGAAUUGGCUGGGCAACUUUACAUAUUGGAUGUGCCGAAAGAGGAAUUGGCCAAGUGGCUGUGCAUAGCCGAUUUUGAGAGUCGCUUCAACACGCACGUUGUGGGGCAAAGCAAUGCGGAUGGCUCCAAGGACUACGGCCUCUUCCAGAUCAGUGAUCGAUAUUGGUGUGCUCCGCCCUCAAACACGUCUUACUACGCCUUCAACGGGUGCAACAUCAAUUGCAACGAGCUGCUCAUCGACGAUAUCACAGCGGCAGUUCGUUGUGCUCAACUUAUCAGAAAGCAACAGGGCUGGACGGCUUGGUCGGUAUUCCCUCAGUUCUGCAACGGAACACUUGUCGACCCGGACCAGUGCUUCCAAAACGACCAAAGCGACCGCAGUCAAUCUAAUUCCACUGAAAUCCCAGAUAAUGCAACGGGUUCAACUACAGAGACAAGCAUGGAGGAGAAUACGACGAUUGUCGCGAAGGAAAUGGAAUGAGAUUAUUAUUAUUAUUGUAGCAUUAUGAUAUCAUAAGCAUAUUUAUAUUUUUAAUUUGCAUAAUUACACCAGAACAUUAAACUAUAGAUAGAAGCAUGUGUUGGUUUUUUUUUUUAUUAAUCAUAUGUUGAUAAGGCAAAAAAAGCAGUUUCUGUUGCUGUUUACUCUAUAACUUAAUG